UUGAUUUGAGGGAGAUGGCGAUACAAGUCCCUGAGCGUGAUCAGGUAUAUCAGCCAUCAGAGGAAGAACUCAGGAGCUAUAUUGAUCCUUAUGAGAACGUGAUUUGUACAGAAUGCCAUGAAGGUGGGGAUGAUGGCCUCAUGUUACUAUGCGAUCUUUGUGAUUCGCCCGCGCACACCUAUUGUGUUGGCCUUGGGCGAGAAGUACCUGAAGGUAAUUGGUAUUGUGACGGUUGUAGACCUGUUGCUACUGGAUCCUCAAGUUCCCCUGCUCAGACUCGUUUGUCUGACCAGAGAACAACAAGCAGCACCGUGUCUGAUAGAGCAUCAACCGUCACUAACUAUUUCAUUGAAGGUUUAGACCUUAAUUCAGUUUAUUCACAAGGAUUUGGGAGUCUUUCAUCUCCGAGGUAUCAUUUUGGAGGUUUUCAAGUGACCUCACCAUUACCUGGAGCCGGGGCACCAACACUAUUCGGGAGAAGGUUAAUACACCGCCAUAUCCAACAGCUCCUUUCUGUAAAUAGAAUGGGUCAUAUGGCUAACAGACAUGAGGGAAACUCAGGUGCUAAUUUGAUUAGUGAUCUGAAUUCUCCACUUGAUCAGGGGAGGGAAACACCACGUCAACGUGCAAAUACACAAGAAUUGGGAGUAGUUCAUGCUUUCUUUCGGGAAAGAUUACGUGAAAAUCUCUCAACACCAGUGCAAGAUACCGAUUUGUUUUCUCCAAGAAUAAGCCAAGUGAGAAGGCAAAUGGGGGGGCAGGAUCCGCUUACUGCCUCUGCUGGUGGACCUUCCAAUGGUUCACUAUGGCCUGGAAUUGUAGAGAGGAGUUCACCAUUGAAUUUUGAGCAGCAGUUGUGUCAGUGCAACGGUGGACCAAACAAUGGCCGUGACAGGGGUGAGACUGAUUUACACACUGCAAAGGAAGAACUGCAUUCGAUGAUCAAACUCCAUUUGAAGAACUUGUUGCGAGACAGUAAUUUAGCCCAAAGUACAUUGAUGGACAUUGCUAGGAGCUCAACGCACACAAUUUUAGCAGCAUGCGAGCUUGAGCACAAAAGCAACGAGGUUGUGGCAGUGCCCGUGCCCCCACCACCCAUCUGCGGCCACAUUGAAUUACUGGGGGGUAGCAAAGCAAGUCUAAUGAGAGGCCGCUGCUCAUCGUGUUUCGAUUCUUUUGUAGGGGAGGUAGUGAAGAAGAUCCUGGACACAAAAUUGUCAGAACGAUGGUUGAGUUUAGGUCUUUAGGAAUUGAUGCAUAAGGUGUCUUAUUUGGACACCUCUUUUUGUUAGGGUUUUAGACAAGAAUUUCAUUAACUUGUUUAUAGAAGUGGUUCCACUGA